GCAAGGAAGUGUUUAGUUUGUAGAAGUCAGGCCCUUGGUCUGGUCUUUUCCUAAAGGUCAAUGCCGCCAUACACAUUUUGUGGUCCAAACCCGGAUAUGGGCUAGGAGGGAGAAUGGCAGCCAAAGAGAGGCUCCUGGCCACUGCCUCCGACGCCAGGAUCAAAUCGAUUCUUGAUUUGGAUAGCCUGGCAGAGUUGUUGUUCCGAGUGCAUGUGAAGGUACGCUCAGUGGGGAAUGUGGGGCGGAAGGUGUCAAAGAGUGAGACGGAUCGGUUUGAAGGCCUUGAGUGGGCACCAGCGAAGAGCGGGUCGCCCAUUCUGCUUGGCACGGUGGCUUUCAUGGAGUGCAAGGUUGUCAGUCGCAUGGAGACCCCUGACCAUUGGAUCGUUUACAGCCAUGUCACUGACGGGAGUGUUUCCAAGCCCGAUGCCCGAACAGCCGCACACCACAGGAAAAUUGGCAACUACUACUAGCAAGCAAGCAGCUGGCCGCCACGGAUCGCCCAUAACCAUUGCGACCAGCCGCACACCACAGGAAAACUGCCAGAACUAAUGUACUCGCAAGCAACCAGCUGGUCGCCACAGAUCACAUAUCGCCAAUCCGAUCCGUUUACAGCCACACAAUUUGUGGGAUGGUUUCCAAGGCCAAUGCCCGAACAGCUGUACAUGUACCAAGCAGGUACAUUGGCUGCUACUUACCGCUACUAGCGACGUGUUGCCCACCGUAAAUCGUCCAUCAACAAUUGCAGAUUGUCUACACAACUUUACGGCCAACUGAUUGAUUGAUUGAUUGGUUGAUUGGUUGAUUGAUUGGUUGAUUAACUGGAUGAUUAACUGGAUGAUUGAUUGAAUGGUUGAUUGAUGGGUUGGAAUGAUGUGAUCUUUCCAAGGCUGAUGCCUGAACAGCCACACACACGUACUGAACAGCUAAAUUGGCAACUGCGUAAGACGGCCGCGAGCAGCUGACGACGACAGAAUCGGACAGAUCAUCGUGUCAAGUAUGACUGGUCAGGGUGUACCUGCUGCGGAGUGCUCCACCACCCUUGUCAGGAAAAUGUCUUAGAUAACUUAGAUUUCCUUCCACCACCGCUCCCGUCCACCUCCCCCCCCCCCCCCCCCCCCCCCCCCCCCCCCCCCCCCCCCCCCCCCCCCCCAAACAUUUAAUGUGCACAUGGCCUGCUCCACUAGCCCCUGAAAUUGAAGCUGUAGGAAGGAGACUAGAAUGAGGACGACGACGAUAUUUCAUGCUCGUUGACUUCAGUCUAUGUUCGUUUAACUUGGCGGCAAAGGGUACCAUACAUAGCGCAUGGCAGAGCAGACCGUCAGCCUGCUGCAAUGUUAAGUCUUUGUUUUCCUUUUUUUUGGGAGGGGGGGGGUCUUCUGUAUUGAAUCUGUAUUAUAUUAGAAUCAUGUAGGAAGUGCUCAGUUUACUUCUAAGUUAUUAUUUAUGUCACUUUAUGUGAUACUAACCUGACAGCGCAUGCCUGGCUGGCGAAGUGCCCUCGGA